CAAAGCUUUAGAUGGUACCUUGCACCAUGAAGACUUUAAUCUUUCUGGCUCUUCUGGGAACAAGCCUACACACCGCCACGGCUGUAAAACACUCCCUCACAUAUUUCCUCACUGCAUCUUCUGGAAUUCCAAACUUCCCGGAGUUUGUGGGUGUUGCAGUGGUUGAUGAUAUCGUGAUAGGUUACUGCGAUGGCAACACAAUAAAACCAAGACAGGACUGGGUGACAAAAUUAUCCCACGAUGAUCCUCAGCACUUCCAUGAGUCAACUCAACAAUGUUCAGAGAUUCUGCCCAACAUCUACAAAUCCAAGCUUGACAUACUGAAGCAGCGCUUCAACCAAAGUGGAGAUGUCCAUGUUUUACAGAGGAUGGUUGGCUGUGAAUGGGAUGAAGAGACUGGAGAGAUUAGUGGUUUUAAUCAGUAUGGUUAUAAUGGAGAAGACUUCCUAGCAUUUGAUCUGAAGAUGCAGACUUAUAAUGGAGAAGACUUCUUAGCAUUUGAUCCGAAGACGCAGAUAUGGAUCACUUCCAAAUAUCAGGCUGUCAUCACCAAACUGAAAUGGGAAGCUGACAAAAAUCGCAUAAAACUCUAUAAGAUGUACCUCACUGGGAUUUACCCUAUAUGGCUGAAGAUGUAUGUUGACUAUGGGAAAAGCUCUCUACUGAGAACAGUCCUCCCCUCAGUGUCUCUCCUCCAGAAGACCCCCUCCUCUCCAGUCAGCUGCCCUGCUACAGGUUUCUACCCAAACAGAGUCGACAUGUUCUGGAGGAAAGAUGGAGAGGAGCUUCAUGAGGACGUGGACCACGGAGAGAUCCUCCCCAACAACGACGGGACCUUCCAGAUGAGUGUUGAUCUGGACAUUUCAUCAGUGAAACCUGAAGACUGGAGCAGGUACGACUGUGUGUUUCAGCUCUCUGGAGUGAAGGAGAACAUCGUCACCAAACUGGACAAAGCAGUGAUCAGGACCAACUGGGGUAAAACUGGGAUCAGAGGUGGUGAAAGUAAGAAACACCUUUAGUUUACUUUCAUCUUA